GAGGAGGUUCUGGUUGGUCGUUGGCGAAAGAUCACUCCCUUCACCGGACAUGGAGGAUGGGUGUGUGAGCGUGGGGAGUGCAUGUGUUUGUUAGUGGAUAGGUGGAAAUGCGCCUCUCCCAAAUGCAUUCACUUCACCUCCCUGCCUGGUUGCUCUUCUCGCCGCGUUGCUAAUAUUCCUACCGUUCUUGACAAGCUCACCCUCUUCCAGAUUGUAACUCCCCGUCUUCCACAUCAUUCUCAUCCUUCUGUACCGCAUUGUGGCAGCCUCUCAUUAGCACCACCACUGCUUCCCGUCCUUCGUUUCUUCCUCUGGACGUUCUCUAUGCCUGACAGCAGUGAUAGGAACACGGAGGAGGAGGAGGAGGAGGAGGAGGAUGCAGAUGUAAGAACAACGGCUGGCGAAGAGGGGCGUGAACAGGUUGCUGCAUUCGCAUGGCAGUGUUUCAACAAUCCAUAUAAAUUGCAAUCUUCUCUGGAUGCCAAGGCUGGAGCCAGACUCGUGGGUUCUCACACAACGACACAUUUCACUUCUGGCGAUAUUGCCGCGUACGUGAAUGGAAGGGAGGUCGGAGCCUACAAGACGUGGCGUUGUUGUAUUUGA